CAAGAGCAGUCAUUCAAUAACCCAACAGAUCUUUCCACACGUGAAACCUACCCGUCGCUGUUGCCUUCGCCUUCGCCUAGGGCGCUGUUGUAUAUAUACACGUUACACACCUCGACACCAUGGCGGAAACAGCUUCUCCACGGCUUCCAAGCUCUGCAGAGCAGCUCGUUCGCUCCUCAGCAAAGCGCACACGAGAGAUAUUCGCCGCCGACUUUGCUUCGGCUACCGCUCUUGACCACGCGUCCAAUCCCGCCUUCUCAAUACACCCAACAACGUCCGCGCCCUCUACCGCCGCCGACCAAGUCAACGUAGCAUCGCGAAUCCGCAACGAAUACGAGCAUGUGCGCGACCUACCACCUGCGCUCGCAGCGAAGAUUACAAGCGCGGCUUCCACAGCUGCCGAGCGACGGAAGAAGAUCAAGGCGCAGAACGCGGAAGAGAAAGCCUCCGACCCCAAGAUGCAGAAGAUGAUCGAAGGAGCUUCAGAGAAGGCGGACAAGGCGAGAAAUGCGCAGUCGAUGCAACUGGCAGUAAGAGCUGGCGGAAAGGGCGCGGCGCCAAACGCGCAGGGUCCUACGCCGAGUAGAGAUCAGACGUCGAGUGCGCUGGUGAGAAAGGACACCGUCAGGCAGGCCAAACCGGAAUGGCACGCUCCGUGGCGGGUGAAGACGGUGAUCAGUGGAUCUAUGGGAUGGGUCAGAAGUCUGGCGGUAGAGCCUGAUAAUCAGUGGUUCGCGUCAGGCUCUGCAGACCGAACGAUCAAGAUUUGGGACCUGGCGAGUGGGACAUUGAAGGUAACGCUCACUGGGCACAUUAGCGCUGUACGAGGGCUUGCGAUCAGCCCGCGUCAUCCAUAUCUCUUCUCUUGCGGCGAAGACAAGAUGGUCAAGUGUUGGGAUCUUGAGACGAACAAGGUUAUACGCCAUUACCACGGCCAUCUUUCCGGUGUCUACAGCCUUUCACUACAUCCUACUUUGGAUGUUUUAUGUACGGGCGGUCGUGACGGCGUCGUCAGGGUAUGGGAUAUGCGGACAAGGACGAACAUCCACGUCCUUGGAGGCCACAAAGGCACGGUAACGAAUGUGCAAACCCAGGAGGCCGACCCACAGGUCAUAAGUAGCUCCAUGGAUUCAAUGAUUCGACUUUGGGACCUCGUGGCCGGAAAGACUCAAACAGUCUUGACCCAUCACAAGAAAUCGGUCCGCGCGCUUGCUCUGCACCCCAAGGAAUUCACAUUCGCGUCUGGAUCGUCGCAGUCCAUCAAGCAGUGGAUGUGCCCCCGCGGCGACUUUAUGCUGAACUUCCAGCCUACGAACAGCAUCAUCAACACAUUAUCGGUCAACGAAGACAACGUCAUGUUCAGUGGGGGAGACGAUGGCACGGUUUCUUUCUGGGACUGGAAAACAGGUCAUCGAUUCCAGAAUACCGAGACGAUUGCGCAGCCAGGCUCGCUAGACGCGGAAAGGGGUGUCUUGUGCUCAACCUUCGACAAGACAGGCCUUAGGCUGAUUACUGGGCACACGGACAAGAGCAUAUGUGUCUGGAAACAGGACGAUGACGCGACUGAGGAUACUCAUCCGCUGGAGUGGAAACCGACACUUGGACGACAGAAGUUCUAGGAAGUUUAUAGGAACAGAGUUAUUAGGGCAAAGAGCGAAUUUUGUAUGCAUAGGGAAUGGAGUUGAAUUGGCGUUCAAGACCGGAUUCUGGAACGGAUCAGGGUAUGAGAUUCGAGGUGGAAAUAUCAUGCAUAGGUUCAGUAUACUCGACUGUAUACUUAAAUAUUAUAUAAACCAAACAAACAUUAUUAAGCGCACAC